GAGCAAUGCAAUUUGAUAAGCAUCAUUACGUAGGCUGUUUUCUAAAAAUUAAUAAUGUGCUGCCAUUCAGAUAGCUACAUUUUUUAUGGCAUUAGCUGCUCGUUUGCGGAAACUCCUUGCUCUGUUUAAGCUGUUUUGCGCGGCAGGAUCGACCACUUAAUUGGCGGGAUGCAUUUUAUUUACAGGAUAACUUCCGCGCUACUGCUUUACGCAUGUUAUACAUCUUUCUUAACCAUCGCGGAUGAUUACAAUUACGCCACCACCGGAUCGUCCGGACCGGGCGGUCCCGGCUGUACUCCUGCAACGCCCAAACGCCAGGGCAAAUCGCCAUGGUCACUCGACCCUUUCCUGGGCGUGUACGACAUGAUACCGGCACUUCGUCACAACAUCGUUAACUUCACCGAGCAAAUUCUGUUCACGCCAGCAUUUCUUGUGGACGGUGGCGAGCGGCAAAAGUUUAACCUGACAGCCGACGGCGACAUGUACGUGCAGUGGGUCCAUAACGGAAACGAUUCCACCUUUACCACUUUUGACAGUUGGCUGCCGUUUGUGCUGGAGGAGGAGUUUCAGGUCGUAUUUCCCGGAAAUAAUAUGCUAAACUAUUCCUUUCGAAUGACGAACGAGUCGACGCUGAACGGGCAUUUCUACCGUACAUUUCCGGAUGGUCACUCGGCCGAUAUUCACUUUUGGCUAACGUUCAACGAAACCAACUUUUGGGAUGAGGUCAAUGUCAGUUCGCCGUUCCCACUCAACGCCUACGCACCGUUCAUGAAGAUUGACCCAAAAGCCAGACCGUGCAAUCGCGGUGAUUGUACAUACUUAGACGAUUAACCCGUAGAACCCGGUAACCGUGGCCAACGAUCGUUGCACUUCCCCUUCCAAGAUUUGCAGCGCCGCAAUAUCCAAUCCACAGCGCAACGGCGCCGCAUGCACACUCAUCACGUGACAAUUUUUUACAACAUUUUCUGAAUAUUUAUUUCUUAGGCUGAAACACGUUGUAACUUGUAACCGUAACCGGUUUCUGUAUGCUGCUCUGUCGCUGAUUUCCAGAUGAUUAUGAUGCAAAGUUUUUUUGUUUAAGAGUGCACUUGAUUGAUGUGUCUGGUAACGAAAUCUGAAAGUGGUGACAUUCGGAAUACCAAGAAGAUUUACAUAAUGCCCAGUG